ACAACCAAAGGGUAAAAUACACAGAAAAAACUAACAUUUAUUUUACAUCGUAAUAUAGUGGAUACAUUGUACAUAUAAGUGAAUGGUGCGACUAAUUUAAAACUAAAAUAAAAAAACUGUCCAUUAAAAACACAUGUAUUCUGUAAAAUGUGAAAAAUGAAAAAGACUUAAUUUCAAAAACAAAUCAUAGUCACAUCAGAAUAUAAAACAACAAAAAUUAUUGUAAAAUUUCCAACAACAAAAUCCUGUUGCACAUUUAAUGCAAACAAAAAUAACAACAAAACUAAUCAUAAUCACAUCAAGGACUUUAAAAUGAAACAACAGCAAUAAUUUUCCAAAAAUAACAACGAAAAAGGUUAAAAAUUUUAGUAAAAUAAAUUAUUCUAAAUGUAACGACAAAAAUAUACAAUCCAAAGGGCAACAAAGCCCUACCAUUAAAAACAAAACCUUAUCAAUACUCAUAUCAAUUUAUUGUUCCUAAUUUGAGGGCAAAUAAAAUUAAUAUUAUUACAAUUACUAUUAACACAACGACCCCAAGUAAAACUACUCAUUAAGUUCGUUAGCAACACUUUAUAAAAAGGAAACAAUAACAAUAUAAUGACAACAACAAGCAACAUAGUUACAGCACCCACCACUAAUCCAACCAAUAUUAUUAUGACCACCAGCAGCACUUUACCACCAACUUGGUCAAAUAUGUAUGAAGUGACAACCACUAGCAGCAUCAGCAACACCACAAACACAAAUUCUUUAGAAAUUACCAAACAUUUUGCAAAUUCUUUAAAAAAUCUCAACGCACUAACGAACCACACCACCAGCAUUAACAAUGACACAUACAAUGAAGAGAGUGAAAUGUUACAAACCAUCGAAUAUAUAGGAACUGUCUUGAGUUUCUACUAUAUACCCAUCAUUGUGGGCACCGGUUCUAUUGGUAACAUUCUAUCGGUUUUUGUAUUUUUCAAAACGAAAUUACGCAAACUUUCGUCCAGUUUCUAUUUGGCCGCUUUGGCUGUUAGUGAUACUUGUUUCUUGUUUGGUCUCUUCGUUCAGUGGCUGAACUUUGUAGAGAUUCACAUCUAUAAUCGUGAAUACUUUUGUCAGUUCUUUACAUUCUUUAGUAAUUUGGCAUGUUUUUGUUCGGUUUGGUUUGUUGUUGCUUUUACGGUGGAACGUUUUAUAGCAAUCAUGUAUCCCCUGAGACGUCAGACGAUGUGUACGGUGCGAAGAGCCAAAAUGGUUUUGGUUGGUUUGACGAUACUGGGUUGCUUGCAUUGUGCCCCAUUUUGGGUUUCCUCAACGCCAGUUUAUUCACCAAAAGUGGGAACUACAAUAUGUGAUAUUAAAAGUGAAUAUAAGGACUAUAUAACGCUACUUAAUUAUUGGGAUACAAUUGUUGUAUUUGCGGUUCCCUUUACAACGAUUGCCGUUUUGAAUACAUUCACUGGAUGUACUGUUUGGAAAUUUGCCACAGUCAGAAGGACUUUAACUAUGCAAAAAUUAAAAACUCAGCAUUUGGCUCUUCAUGGUACAUUGUCAUCCCCAUCAUCAUCAUGCUCAGCAAGAGAAAGCGGAUCUAUAGCAGCAACAGCUUCAGUAACUGGAACACAAGCUAUUUCAACAUAUCGUAUUACAACUUCAUCAUUGAAACGUCAGAAAACAACAACGUCUUGUGUGAAUGCAUCACCACACACCAAUGGGCAACAACAUAAUAAUAUUGCUACACACCAUCAUCAUCACCAGUGCGAGGAACAUCACACACAUCCCCAUCCAAAUCGAGCAAACCUGAUUAAACACGCUACAAGUGAUGAUAUAUUUUCCAAAAAAUCAAAAAAAAGAAAAAUGACGAAUUCAUCACAAUUGAAGGUUACAAAAAUGUUGUUGAUUGUUUCAACGGUCUUUGUUUGUUUGAAUUUACCAAGUUUUAUUAUGAGAAUGAUUACGUUCUUGGAGACACAAUCAUCGACAAAUGAAAAGACAACUGUAGUAUUACAAUACAUUUUUCAAUUAUUGUUCAUAACAAAUUUCGGAAUCAAUUUUGUACUGUACUGUGUUAGUGGUCAAAAUUUUCGCAAAGCAGUUUUGAGUUUGUUUCGCAAAGUUUCUACAACUCAAAGAGAUGGAACAACACAGAUUACAGUAACCGAAUAUUAUCGUAAUAGCGGUGGCCCCAAUACUUCAACGCGUAGACGCAUGAUGGCCCAAAAUGGUUGGAAUGAAAUGCAUGAAUUGCAACGUUUAAAAUAAAUUUUAUUAAACAUUUGGAUUAUAAAUCUAAAUUUUUAGUCGUAAU